UGUAUGACCUGAAUUAUACAGAAUUUUAAGACUAGAGCCCAGUAGUUUUUAACUUAUUCCAGUGAGAGGUUGGACAUUUAACCAAGUUGUUUUAUUGCUAAAAGUGCAUGGACUGAACGACCUUGCCUAUCCACUCAGGUAAAGUACAUAAAAUACAAUACAACAAAUAUCACAUCUAUUACUAUCGAAGUAUAAUAAUUAUUUUAUCAUCUAUACUUUAUAUAUGAACAAUUCGUACAAAUUUCAUAAUGAAAGCAGCAAUGUUUAUUAUUGUAUGCCAAUGUUUGUAUGUUUCGAGUGGACCAAAUUAUAUGGAUCUAAUAAAACCAUUCCAAUCACUGGUGCAAAAGCCUAUGGACCUUCUGAAGUUAGCUAUUUCCUCGAACUAUGACCAAAAUAAACCAGAUGAUAUCUUCGAUAUUUUCCGGGACAAAUAUCCAUUACCAAAUAAUGUAAAGGCGCCAUACUUUCAAUACGACUACAUUAUCAUUGGCGCAGGAUCAGCUGGUUGCGUCGUCGCAAACAGAUUAACUGAAAAUCCUAAUACUACAGUCCUUCUUCUUGAAGUAGGCAGACCAGAAUCACUUUUCACAGACUUGCCUUCAAUUGCGCCUUAUUUUCAGAGAACAGAAUAUACAUGGCCAUAUUAUAUGGAACCACAACCAGGUGUUUGUAUGGGUAUGAUAAAUAAGAGGUGUUACUGGCCAAGGGGGAGAGCGGUAGGGGGAUCAAGCGUGAUCAAUUAUAUGAUUUACACAAGAGGAAGACCACAAGACUGGAAUCGUAUCGCAGCUAAAGGAAAUUAUGGAUGGAGUUACGAUGAGGUUUUGGAAUAUUACAAGAAAUCUGAACGAGCCAGUCUUUUAGGGCUAGAAGACUCCCCGUAUCAUGGACGUAAAGGAGAAAUGAACAUAGAGUUUACGCCGACAACACCAUUAGCAGACGCAUUUCUCGAAGCUGGAAGACUAUUAGGAAUACCGACUACUGAUUAUAACGCUCCAGAUCAACUAGGAUUUGGUUAUGUACAAACAAACACACACUCUGGAAAGCGUGUCAGCGCCGCAAAGGCUUUUUUGCACAAUAUUAAAAAACGAAACAACUUGCAUAUUUUACCAUUAGCGAGAGCGACAAAGAUUCUUAUAAAUGAAAAUAAAGUCGCUUACGGAGUACAGUUCACAUGGCGUAAGCAAUUAUGGAAAAUUCAUACACGGAAAGAGGUUAUACUUUCAGCUGGUCCUAUAGCCUCUCCGCAACUGCUUAUGUUAUCAGGGAUUGGACUUCGAGACAACCUUGAACGAGUUGGUGUACCAGUUGUACAAGACCUACCCGUGGGUCGAACUCUUUACGAUCAUAUAACCUUUCCCGGACUAGUAUUUACUUUAAACACUUCAGCUAGUUUAAUAGAAAACCAAAUUACCUCAAAUGCUCUAACGAAUUUUAUUGAAUGGCUUCAAUAUGGUAAUAAUGAGUUAGCUACACCUGGAGCCGCUGAAGCUAUAGGUUAUAUCAAGACAGUUCAGUCUGAUGAUCCCGAAAAUGUUCCUGAUAUUGAACUUAUAAGCAUUGGUGGCUCUUUGGUAUCAGACGGUGGAGCAAGUGGCAGUAAGUCUGUACGAAGAGGAAUGAUGAUACAUGAAGAACUCUUUGACAAAGCUUAUGGACACAUUGAUGCCACUUAUACUUGGACUGCUUUUCCAAUGUUACUUCAUCCAAAGUCAAUUGGGUACUUAGAAUUAAAAGAUAAUAACCCAACAAGUCCUCCGCUUAUGUACGGUAAUUAUCUGACACAUCCCAAGGAUAUCAAAACAUUCGUAGCAUCCAUAAGAUUCAUCCAAACAUUAGCUGAAACAGAGGCCUUCCAACGGUUCGGAGCAAAACUGUAUCCAGCUCAAUUUUCAACUUGUCCAGACCUCCCCUUGAAUUCAGAUGAAUAUUGGGAAUGUGGUGUACGUACUCUCACAGCAACUCUUCACCAUCAGAUUGCAACAUGUCGUAUGGGCCCUGUAGGAGACCCUCAAGCAGUAGUUGACCCAGAGCUUCGAGUUAUGGGUAUAAGUAGGUUACGUGUUGUGGAUUCUAGUAUAAUUCCUGAACCAAUAUCUUCGCAUACACACGCACCCGCGGUAAUGAUAGGGGAAAAGGCGUCAUAUAUGAUUAAAGCAAGCAAUACAAAUUUCUGGUAAUGGUGGUAAUAAAUUAUUAUAGAUAGAAAUAUUUAUUGCAGCCUUGUAAACGAAAAUUUUACUUGGAAAUGUUUCUGAAAGAAGUACCUUCUUCUGCAACAUUUAGGCACAAUAAAAUUUGGUAAACCUAAAUAAUAUAUAAUUCUUAUGUAUGAUUAAUGUAUAUUAAUAUGUAAGAAUUUUACAUAUUAAUAAUUGACAAUAAAAAACGCCUGGUUAAAAUUUAAAGCAAAAUCCAUUUCUCUCAAAGUGAGCGAAAUAAACGCCUGUUACUUAGUUUGGAGCAAAAACUAAAAAAAAAAUAGCCUAGGCGCUGGACGCUAUAUACUCUAGGCCCCAGGGAAAUAUGUGCAAAAAAUAGGUUCCAAGUAAA